UGGAAUGGGCAGUGCCAUGGGCCUGUGAGUAACAGCUGAACACUUGUAAAGAAGACUGGGGUCUGGACUGGCCACGGGGCUUGCGCUUUGAAGGCACAAUACGUUUUCAAGCCACUCCGGGAGAGGGAGCCAGCAACGACAACACAAUCAGCGCAGCCAAGGAGACCGGUUAAAAACUUUCCUCCAAAUUCCCGACUCAGAGAGGGGUAGAAAAGAAGGGGAGAAGCGCCAAACAAAAGCAUUCUUAGCUUCCAGCAAAACAAUAACUUUGGGAAAAUAAUUUACUUCAAAUACAAAUUCAAUGAGAUAGGCGUAACGGAACGCGUCUCCAGCAAGAAUCCGCUACUUUUAUUCAACAUUCUGAAUACUUAAAACCACGGAUUGAGUGCUGCAGCAACACUGAAUGAAACAAAGUUUCGUUAAAAAAAAACAGAAUGGAAACGAAAAUGCGAAUCACGUGGGCACUUCUUCCACUUGGUUUUCUACUUCACUGUACUCAUGCGGAUCCAACUCUCUUCAAGUCUACAACUUCAAAGGUCAACAUAGCCACUAUCCACACCCCUGUUUCUGAUCCAGUCACCAACUCCACACAAAAUGACAUUUCCACCCAUACAGUUACCUCCUCCAGUCUAAUCAAUGGGACCGGGACUACACGAGCCACCAUGAUUACUGCUGGACUGGACUCCACUAGCUCCACCGGAACCCACACACAGACCACCACUAGCUCCACCGGAACCGACGCCCAGACCACCACUAGCUCCACCGGAACCGACGCACAGACCACCACUAGUUCCACCGAAACCCACACCACCGCGCAAUUCACUAGCUCCUCAGGAACCCUCACCCAGACCACCACUAUCUCCACCGGAACCGACGCCCAGACCACCACUAGCUCCACCGGAACCGACACACAGACCACCACUAGCUCCACCGAAACCCACACCACCGCGCAAUUCGCUAGCUCCUCAGGAACCCUCACCCAGACCACCACUAGCUCCGCCGGAACGCCUCACUCCACUGCAGUCACACCGGUGGGUGGGCGACAUACUCCAAUCCUUACAACCCCAUGGUCAAGGUCGUCCUCUCCAUCCCAGCAACCUUCCACAUCCAGCCCUGUGAGUUCAGGAAGCAGUUUUGCUAUCACCACAACCCGUGCACAGGGAGGAAUGGUGUUAACAACCACGACGGCCACUACCACAAGUCCUCCCAAGAGCUUUAUGUUUGUCAUGUCCAAAAGAAAUGAAGAGAAUCAUGAGAAGAAGGACCUGGAGGCGCUGUGUCGACACCUGAUGUCUCAAAUGCACGACGCUAACUGUACUCUGGCUGCGAGAGAGAACAAUGGACAAACCACCGUUGACAGUGUGGUAAUUACCGGCAAAGUGGACAACGCUGUCGUCCAGCAAUACUAUGAGAAAAUCACCAGAAAACAAAGUGACAACAUGACCCUGAUUGCCAUUUUGGCAUCCUGCGGAGCUCUGCUGGCCAUGAUUGUAGGCUUCGCCCUUUACGCCGCAUACCACCGCAAGUCCUAUCGGAAGAACCAACAACACCUGACAGAGGAGAUGCAGACGGUGGAGAACGGUUACCACGACAACCCCACAUUGGAGGUGAUGGAGGUGCAGCAGGAGAUGCAGGAGAAGAAGGUGGCCCUGAAUGGAGAGUUCAACGACAGCUGGAUUGUCCCCAUCGACAACCUGCUCAAAGAAGACAUGCCAGAUGAGGAGGACACUCACCUGUAGAGGGGGACCGGAACAGACAGGGAUGCUACUAUAUUCCCUCGACCAACUGACUCUCCCUUCCCUGCACCGUUACAAGGGCCCUGUUUAGUAGAGGGUUCUAGCUCCAAACGUUGCAGGUAGAAAUGUAUUCUAUAUAGAAUGUAUACAACCUUAAAUAAUGGGAUUUGAGAAAUUGCACAAUUGUGACAGUUCUAUGCAAUGCAUUUCUAUCCGCAACACUUUUAAUGUUCCUCCCCAUUGAACCAGACCCAAGGCAACAACACACAGACACCACCUGACAAAUCUGGAGAAAAUAACACCCAGAGGAUGACAGGUACUGGAAACCCAUCCGGCCUAAACGGGUGUCUGAGUCCCAUCGCUGUGGCCAUGGAAAAGUAACAGGCCAUUUGGAGAAUACUACACCAAUCAACAUUGUGCCUAGUUUUAGGAGAUAUUCAAUAAAUAUUUGGGAAAUGUAACUCUCAAACAUACACAAUCCCAUUUUAAGCGCCAUUGAGUGUUUAAGGUACUUGAUGUACCGCUACAUAGUUAUUGAUUUAAUUGGGAAAACCAAACACUCAAACCACCAAUAUUUCAGGGUGGAGUGUAUGAACUAAAAUCUGCAUGUUCUUUAUGCUGUAAUCAAUGUAAUCCACAAAAGUGCAUUGAAUUGUACACCUGAGCACCUGUACAUAGUAUUUUCUUAUAUUUUCAGAGAAAAUGGAAGCUGAAACUUUGUAAUACUGUAACACUACUUGCCUUUAUGGUUAAAUCUCAAUAGUAUUGAUUUAAAGAAAAUGACCUCAGGAUAAAGUGAAAUAAUCAUCCUGGUGAAUGAAUUAAACUACUAGUGAAUCUCAGCUCUGACGACCUGGCAGUGGCUGCUGUAUAGAAGCCAUAUACUGGUGAAACAACGGGGUCCCUGGAGACACUGCUGGGACAGGAGCUUCUACAGAUAUAAAGGGGAAAAACACUGUAAAUAGUCAUUUGAAAGUUCUAAAGAAUUUUACCUAGGGCCGGUUUCCUGGACAUAGAUAAAGCCUAGCCUUGGACUUUAGAGCCCUUUCAACUAGGCUUUUUAGUCUAGGACUGGGGUUACUCUAUCAGGGAGGCUGGACCCUAAAGAUACAGUUGAAGUCGGAAGUUUACAUACACUCAGGUUGGAGUCAUUAAAACUCAUUUUUCAACCACUUCACAAAUGUCUUGUUAACAAACUAUAGUUUUGGCAAGUCGGUUAGGACAUCUA